UUUAUUUUUUAUUUUUAUUUAACAAACCGACUUGAUAAAAUUUUCCCAAGAAAAUAUCAGUUCCCAUGAAAGUUCAACUUCAGGUCAUUGUUCGACCCUUUUCCCUUCCCCUAUAUAAUAACACUCCUCCUUCUUUCCCUCUCCUAAGACCUCUCCUCUCUUCACACCUUUCUUCUCCACGUUCUACCACCAAACACAAAUUCUCAGUGUCCAUGGCUACUUGUAUCGACACCUCUCAACUUUCCCAGGAGCCAAACGGCCGGUCCACAAACGAUGACCAUGCAUACGACUAUGUCAAAACCUGUCGCCCAAGUUUUUCUGAUCGUGUUUCUUGCAUACCCUUCAACAAGAACCACACAAAAACCAUGCACACGCGUCGGGUUAUUGACAAUCAUGAUAAUCGGGAUUGUGAUUAUCAAGAUCUAUGGCUGAAAAUGCUAGAUGAAGCAAGAUCAGACGUCGAGCAAGAGCCCAUCUUGUCAAACUACUACUUCACUUCAAUUUUGUCGCAUAAAUCACUCGAAAGCGCUUUGGCGAAUCUUCUGUCCAUUAAACUGAGCAUUUCAAGUCUCCCUGAAGGUACGUUGUUUGAUAUUUUCAUAGGCGUUCUUGUAGAGGAUCAAGAAACCCUCGUUAGAGCUGUCAAAGCUGAUUUGAGAGCGGUUAAAGAGAGAGACCCCGCUUGCAUAAGUUAUGUGCAUUGCUUGUUGAAUUUCAAAGGGUUUCUCGCAUGUCAGGCGCAUAGAAUUGGGCAUAAACUUUGGUCCCAGGGCCGAAAAGUCUUGGCCUUGUUGAUACAUAACCGGGUUUCUGAAGUUUUCGCAGUUGAUAUUCAUCCUGGAGCAAAAAUGGGAAGUGGGAUUUUGUUUGAUCACGCCACUGGAGUUGUGAUUGGAGAGACGGCUGUGAUUGGUGACAAUGUUUCGAUUUUGCAUAAUGUUACAUUGGGGGGAACUGGGAAGGCGUCUGGUGACAGGCAUCCGAAAAUUGGUGAUGGGGUUUUGAUUGGCGCGGGGACUUGUAUUUUGGGGAACAUUAGGAUUGGUGAGGGGGCAAAAAUUGGGGCGGGUUCGGUUGUGUUAAAGGAUGUGCCGUCGAGAACUACGGCUGUUGGUAACCCGGCUAGAUUGGUUGGGGGGAGGGAGAAUCCAACUAGGCUUGAUAAGAUUCCUAGUUUUACAAUGGAUCAAACUUCGCAUAUUAAUGAAUGGUCUGAUUAUGUUAUAUAGAGGGCUCCUUUUUGUAGCUUGUUUGUGGUUUUUAGUGAGAACUGAAGUUCUCCUAUUACCAACAGAAGAAUUUGAGGAUCAUAUAUGAUGAUGAUAUGUAGUACUUUUGAUGUAAUUACAAUGAUAAAAUAAGAUUUGUAUGGGCAUAUUUUCUCUGUGUUCUUGGUA